AUGGGCAAAUCAUUUGCUGUUGUGUGCGCAAGCAAUCAAAAUCGUAGUAUGGAAGCACAUCAUGUUUUAUCUAAACGUGGAUUUUCAGUUAGUUCUUACGGGACAGGCUCGGCUGUUAGACUCCCAGGACCUAGUAUCGAUAAACCAAAUAUAUAUCAGUUUGGUACACCAUAUGAGUACAUGUAUCAAGAUUUAUUUAUGAAAGAUCCCAAAAAUCGGAAAAUUAAAUUAGCACCUGAACAAUGGUACACUAAUGCAAAAGAAAAUUUUGAUGUUAUUAUUACAUGUGAAGAACGUUGCUUUGAUGCAAUUUAUUUGGUAGAUCGUGGAGAAGAACGAAACAUACCAGUUCAUGUGAUUAAUAUCGAUAUUAAAGAUAAUCAUGAAGAUGCUAUGUUAGCAGGUCGAGCCAUAUUGCAACUUGCACAAACGAUUGAUAAUGAAAAAUCAAAAGAUUUGGAUCAAGAGAUUACAAAUAUUAUUGAAGAAUGGCAACAAAAAUUUAAAUAUGAAUUGUUACAUUGUGUCGGAUAUUUUUAA